AUGUCGCUGAUCAUCGUUGCCGCUCUCGCGGUCCUCGCGCUGAGCUUCGCCCCUGCGCCGGGCGCGGCGGCAGACGCUGUCUCGGCGCGGCAGCCGCUGCGGGGCAACGGCACGAUCGUCUCGGCGCAGGGCAAGUUCGAGGCCGGCCUUUUCAGCCCCGCCGGCAGCUCCGGCAGGUUCUACCUCGGCAUCUGGUACAAGAACAUCCCCGUCCAGACCGUCAUCUGGGUCGGCAACCGCGCGCGUCCCCUCUCCGACGUCGCCUCCGCCCAGCUCCGGGUGUCCUCCGCCGACGGCAACCUCGAGCUCGUCGGUCCGUCAUCGCCGUCGUCCGCCCCGUCCGUUCUCUGGUCGUCCAACAUGUCGUCCACGUCCCUGUCGUCGUCUCCCGGGUCCAACACCGCGGUGAUCCGCGACGAUGGCAACCUGGUUCUCCUCGACGGCGGCAACGCCUCCAACGUGCUGUGGCAGAGCUUCGACCACCCGACGGACACGCAGGUGCCCGGGGCUUGGCUCGGCGAGAACAAGCUCACGGGCGAGUACCAGACGCUCACGUCGUGGCGGAACGCGCAGGACCCGGCGCCGGGGAUGUUCACCGACACGGUGGACCCCAACGGCACCAGCGAGUUCUUCUUCCUCUGGAACCGCUCCCGCGUCUACUGGCGGAGCGGCGUCUGGACGGGCCGCGUCUUCGCCGCGGUGCCCGAGGCGACCAACAACGUCCUCUUCAACCAGACCUACGUCGAGACGCCGGCCUACCGGCGCGUCACCGACGUGCUCUACGACAACGCCACCAUCACGCGCAUGGUGCUCGACCUCACCGGCCAGACCAAGCAGUACAUCUGGGUUCCCGCCAGCCAGAGCUGGCAGUUCUUCUGGGCCGCGCCCACCGUGCAGUGCGACGUCUACGCGCUCUGCGGCGGCUUCGGCGUUUGUGACCAGAGGAGCCAGCCGCCGUGCCAGUGCCCGCCCGGGUUCGCUCCGGCGUCGGAGGGGGACUGGACGCUCAGCGACUGGAGCGGCGGGUGCCGCCGGAGUUCGCCCCUCACGUGCGCGCGUAACGGGUCGACCACGGACGGGUUCGUGCCGCUCACUAACGUGAAGCUCCCCGACGACUCGGUUUCUUUUGGCGCCGCGCAGAGCGAGGCAGAGUGCGAGUCUGCUUGCCUAAAGAACUGCUCUUGCCAGGCCUACACCUUCUCCGGUGGCCGGUGCGCAGUCUGGCACGGCGAGUUCCGAAACCUUGAGCAGCUCCACACGGACUCCGGCGCCUCAUCCGGGUCAGCCCUGUAUCUCCGGCUUUCAGAAUCAGGGCUACGUGAUUUGCGCAGCGCAAACACAGGGAAGAAAGUGGGGAGAACGCUAUGGCUUGUUCUUGCCAUCGCAUUGGCCGGCGUUGCAGCAUUGGGCGUGUCCUUGUUUCUAGCAUGGAGGAUUCUUCUAGCACGGCGGCGGCGGAGGAGCAUGUCAAGCGAGAAGGGCUCCUCCCUGGCCGUGUACAGCUACGGCGAACUCCGCGCCGUCACGAAAAACUUCUCGGAGCGGCUGGGCGGCGGAGGCUUCGGCUCGGUGUACCGCGGCGUGCUGAAGCAGAAGCGCAAGGGAGGCAGCACGACGACGACCCAGGUGGCCGUCAAGAAGCUGGAAGGGCUCCGGCAGAGCGACAAGCAGUUCCGGACGGAGGUGAGCACGCUGGGGCACAUCCAGCACGUGAACCUCGUCCGGCUCCUCGGCUUCUGCUCGGCGGGCGACGAAAAGAUGCUCGUCUACGAGUACAUGCCCAACGGCUCCCUCGACGGCCACCUCUUCGGCGGCGGCGGCGGCGGCUCGUUCCCGAGCUGGCGCGAGCGGUACGAGAUCAUGCUAGGCGUCGCGAGAGGGCUCGUCUACCUGCACGACGGCUGCCGGGAGUGCAUCAUACACUGCGACAUCAAGCCGGAGAACAUACUGCUGGACGCGGGCAUGUCCCCGAGGAUCGCCGACUUCGGGAUGGCGAAGCUGGUCGGGAGGGACUUCAGCCGCGCCCUGACCACGAUGCGGGGCACCAUCGGGUACCUCGCGCCCGAGUGGAUCUCCGGGCAGCCCAUCAGCGCCAAAGCGGACGUGUACAGCUUCGGGAUGGUGCUCUUCGAGCUCAUCUCCGGACGGCGCAACUCCGAGGGGUACGGACGACGUGACAAUGGCAGUGGCGGCGGCAGUGAGGUGGAGGCGGCGGGGUCGUCGGCGUUCUUCCCCGUGUGGGCGGCGGGCAAGGUUGUGGAAGGGGAAGUGGGCGCCGUGGCUGACCCGCGGUUGCACGGCGACGUGAGCGAGGAGGAGCUGGAGCGGGCGUGCAGGGUGGCGUGCUGGUGCAUCCAGGACCAGGAGGAGCACCGCCCCACCAUGGCGCAGGUCGUGCAGGCGCUGGAGGGCGUCGUUCAUGUCCACGCGCCGCCGGUGCCGCGAGGGCUGCAGCACCUCGUCUCACUCACCUAGUAAAUGAAUCAAGUUCAGAUGCCGAUCGGAAUUAGUGUCAGUAGUACUCAGUGGCAGACGCAGG